AUGUACUGCCAUAUCAGUGCUACAGCGGCUGCCAAAUCGCCAGUCGGCUUCUUCACUGAGAGUAAUACUAUGCCCUACACAGUCUUUCCUGUGGACGUACAACGUCAAGGUCUAACCUUUCCCUGCUAUGGUAUUCCAGAAAACUUCCGCAACCAACUCAAUAAUGAGCCUUUGAUGAAGCGAGGCUGGGUACUUCAAGAGCGACUUUUGAGCCCACGUUCCAUCUAUUUCGGAAGUCAAUUGAGCUGGGAAUGCACAGAAAUUUACACCAACGAGCUUUUCCCGGAUGGUAUGCCGUACGAGCUUCAACCCACAUGGGGAUACGACACGCCUUACAAGUUAAGACGCCUGUUAGAUACCGAUCAGUUCAAAGAAGGGAAUUUUGAACUCGUGGACUACUCAUUUGGACGCGAUCGUGAUCAGUUCACUCUCUACAAACGUUGGGCUGAACUUGUACAAUCGUACUCAGACUGCAAGCUCACCUUCGAAUCAGAUGUGUUGCCAGCCAUAUCCAGACAUAACCCGAUGGAACAGGUCACAGGUGGUUAUUUCCAUCUUUCUGGCUACAUGCGUCCUCAUUCCGGCAAGGAUAGGCGUCCGCGCUCGAAGGAUGUUCCGUUCAUAAGUGAUUGGUAUGAUACACACAUGAACCAAUCCCCAGAACUGCUACAACAAGGGCGAUACUUACUUUCAUCCAAAUAUGAUGACCCACUCUCAUUCUCGAUGGAUAAUCAGACAAGCUUCCACACUGGAUACGUCCGAGGGCUUAUACUUGAGGCAGUCUCGGAUGAGCAAGAGGAAAUUUCCUUGUACCCAGAGUUUGACGACUUCGACUUUGAUAACUUAGAACGACAAGUUAUCACCAUCAUCUGA